AUUUAAUUGAUCUAAAUUUGAAAAAUCAUAAUAACAUAUAUUACGUAAAAGACAACACCAAAUCGGAUUCAGUUUGUCCCUUAUCUUUCAGCUAUGAGCAACGUUAGUAGUGAGUCGUGACUCGUGACUCGUACGAGAAACUCAGCGAACACAGAUUUGUGCUGUAUGUUGGAAGCACAAAAUAAAAAUUCUCGACGAAAAUAAAUAGAGAAAAAGAAGGCAGAGUCGGAGCUAAGGAGAGGAGUAUGUAGGAGCAUAGGCCACUGAUGUACUUUCAACAAAGCUAAUAUUUGUACAACAUUUCGAGAUCUGAUGGCUUUGAUUGAUGUGACCAAAUCUUGCCUCGAUUCCAUUGGCCAAAUAUCGGAACACAUUGAAGGUGCAAUUGUUUACCUAGAUGCUGGAUGCACAGAAAGUUUCCAGCUUAUGGGAGCGUUUCCUAUGUUGCUGGACCUUGGAGUACGUGCUGUUUGCAGCUUGGAAAACAUGUAUUCUCUUGAUGUGGUUGUUGACUGGAAUGCAAAUUUUGACCCUGCAAGGAAAAUUGCAAUUAUGACUUCUCGUCUAUUAAGCGAUGCACACCGUUAUGUUCUACGCUGCCUGAGCAUGCAUCAAGGGGUUCAUUGUUGUUCGAUAUUUACAUCUAUCUCAGAGGUAGCUCAUUCAGCAUAUCCUGAUUCACCCCUUGGACCUGAUGCAUUCCGUGAGUAUGAAUCCUUGCUUCUCCAAGAUUAUGAGGAGCUUGUUAAAAAAUGUGGUACAAAGUCUGUACAGUCGGUUGAUAGUAAUAUGCAGGAAAAUUUGACCUUUGAAGAUGAAGGAUGGUCUAGACUCACCUCCACAGAGGAAGAUGUUCCUUCCCAUGAGGCUAGUUCCACUGGAAAAAAUCUUUGUGAGGAUAGUCCAAGAGGGAAAAGGGUAGAUUUGGGGCAAAAAUUGAUCGUUUCUGUCCAUCACUUCCCCUUGAUUUUAUGUCCCUUUUCUCCUAGAGUAUUUGUCUUACCUUCGGAGGGAUCAGUUGCCGAAGCAUGCUUAUCAGCUGAACAUGAGGAUUCUCUUAGUGCUGGUUUGCCUUCCUUAAGCACCGGAUUGCCUUCUGAUGGUGAUGAGAUUCCUCCUGCUGCAACCCUUACUGCACAUUUUCUGUAUCAUUUGGCCGCCAAGAUGGACUUGAAAAUGGAAAUUUUUUCCCUUGGUGAUUUGUCAAAAACUAUUGGGAAGAUUUUGACAGACAUGUCAAGUCUUUAUGAUGUAGGACGCCGAAAACGAACAGUGGGGUUAUUACUUAUUGACCGCACCCUUGAUCUUCUUACUCCAUGCCGUCAUGGAGAUUCACUUGUGGAUCGUAUCUUUUCGUCUUUGCCCCGUAUGGAAAGAACAUCGUCCUCUGCAAGUAUCAAAGGCUCACAAGCCCAACUUAAGCCUGGCCCUUCUAGCCUAGAGCGAGCCUCCCUCGAGCUUCAGAUACCAAUUGGGAAAAUUUUAACUGAAGAAGAUUUUGAAAUAGAUGAUUCUGGUCUUUCAAGUAGCAUUGAAGCUUUUCUGUGUGGGUGGGAUUCCUAUAACUCUACUUCUCGAAUGGUAGAUUUGAUUAAUCUCAGCAAGAAAGCUAGUGAUGAAAAGUCUUGUCCUGCUGAGCUACUAAAGGGGUCCUUGGUCUCAACCGAAAAUUUCCGUGGAACACCAUAUCUGGAAACCAUACUAGAUAGAAGUACAAAAGAUGGGGCUAUCCUGGUGAAGAAGUGGCUUCAGGAAACUCUGCGUCGAGAAAAUAUGAAUAUUAAUGUAAAAACUCACCCUGAUUCUACUGCAAAAUCAGAAUUAAAACCCAUGAUUAAAGCAUUAGCUAAAAGCCAAUCAUCUUUAAUAAGAAAUAGAGGAAUUAUUCAGUUAGCAACAGCUGCAUUAUAUGCCCUCGAUGAAUCAUGUAGUGCCCGAUGGGAUGCAUUUAUCAGUGCUGAGAAAAUAUUGAGUGUCAAUGCUGGGGACACAAGCCAGAGUCUUGCUGCUCAAAUAGGUGAUCUUAUCAAUAAGAGUGCUUUUGCAGGAUCAGAUGGCAAGAAGAGUGGAAAAAUACGACUCUCACAAGGGCUGCUUUCUUUUCAAGAUGCUUUGCUUCUCACAAUUAUUGGUUAUAUAUUGGCUGGUGAAAACUUCCCAACUUCUGGAUCUGGUGGCCCUUUUUCUUGGCAAGAGGAGCAUUUUCUUAAAGAAGCUAUUGUGGAUGCAAUUCUUGAAAACCCAUCGGUGGCUAGAUUGAAGUUUCUUCAUGGUCUAACACAAGAACUUGAAACCAAUUUAAAUAAAACAAAAUCAGAUGAAACCAAAGAAACAUCAACAGAUCAAUUAGAGAUUGAUGAUUUUGAUGAUGAUCAGUGGGGUAAAUGGGGAGAUGAAGAUGAAGAUAAUGAUAACAAAGAGCAAGCAUAUGAUGACAUGCAGCUUAAGUUGGAGUUGCGCGAUAGAGUGGAUAACCUUUUCAAACAUCUUCACAAGUUAUCUAGUUUAAAGAGAAAGAAUGUGCCCUUAAGAGAAGGGUCAUUGGGUUUUGAAAGCAAUUUGAGUAGCGAUCCUUACACAGAUAAAGGAUUACUUUAUAAGCUUCUAAUAAAAAUUUUGGGCAAGUUUGAUGUACCAGGGUUGGAGUACCAUUCAUCUACAGUAGGGCGACUGUUUAAAAGUGGGUUUGGAAGAUUUGGCCUUGGACAGGCAAAACCAAGUCUCGCAGACCAAAAUGUCAUUCUGGUUUUUGUCGUCGGAGGCAUCAACGGUGUUGAGGAAGCACAAGAAGCAUUAUCGGAAAGCGGAAGACCUGAUAUUGAGCUAAUUCUUGGUGGAACUACUUUUCUAACUCCUGACGAUAUGCUUGAUUUGCUACUGGGUCAGUGUAGUUACAUUUGACUUGUCUGUUAAAGAAAGAAUACAUGGUUAGGCAAAAUUUAUUCUUGAAUUACGUUUAAUAAUGUAUCAUGUAGCACAGGUGAUUCUGGUUUUUGAUUUAUUCAAUAAUCAGUUGACACUGAAGAGAGUCAAGAUAUGUGGAAAUGGAAUUACUUUCAAGUAAUGCACAUAACCUGGCAAGUUUUCUUCUUUUCUUCUGAUAAAAGUGAGAGUAAAAUGCAUUGGUUGUCAUUAAUUAUUGAUCAGAGUUUCAUUUGUCCAGAAAAGAAGUUGAUAAGUUGGCUGCAAGUGUUUGCAAUUUGAACAUUGUAAUGAUCAAGUUAAUUGAAAGGUUUAAACUCAAAGGAAUUAAGAAAAUAAAUUUGGUGUCAUGUCGAAAUCACUAAUUGUGCCAUAUGCGAUGUGAUUAGGAUAAUGUUGUUGAUUUUACCCAG